AUGUCUACCUUCGACAGCUUCGACCGUCUCGCCAUGAGCGAGGCGCAGUUCCUUCGCCUGGCUGAAGUAGAAAUUCAGCAGACACAGCGCCCUCACCUACGCCGCGGGCCAUCGUUCGCCGAGAAGUACCUUUGGAAAUCCCCAUCACUUGGCACGACGUCCCUCCGCCGGGACACUGCAUCGCCAGGCGCCUCACCUGCGCUCUCAACCACAUCUUCAUUCAGCUCCCCCAAGAUGUCCGCCUCGAAUGAAACCUACUUUGGCCCGUCGUCUGUCAGCAGCCCCAGCAUGGGCUCGGGCUGGGGCCUUGGACUCGUGUUCAGGAAGCGAAGCAACACAAAUGCAAGCAAUGCUAGUAGCCCGAGUAUUGGCGGCCGCACGCCUACGCUAGGCGCCGAGAGCCCGAAGAUGGGAAGCGGCAAUGUCGAUGCACACAAGCGGAGCGGAAGCGGGAGCAGUGAGGGGAGUGGGAAGGAUGAGUUUGGGCUCGUAAAGGAGAAGCAUAUCUCGCAGCUUUUCUAG